AUGGCUGUAAGCACAUUGAUUCAAGCCCCCUUGAUGGGAAAGGACUUCCUUCAGUCCUCACACAUUCCGUUUUGGGGCGGCGACAGUGGCAAUGGCCUUGACGAGGCAUUUAAGACCACCUUCCAGACGGACUUCAACUCCUUCGCCACCCUUCCCAAGAGAUUCGCCAUCUCUCGCCCCACCCCUGCCCAGGUCGAGCACAAAGACCUGCAUUGGAUCAAGGAGUAUCUGACGGAAGCGGUCAAGUCAUAUCCCCACCACCCACGGAUCCCCCUCAGCCGCACCCCUGCUUGGACUAAGCUGUGCACCAACUUCCAGAUGCAUAAAGACCCCAGGCAGCUCAACUUCCUCACCACCCAGGCAGAGGGCUUCCAGCACCUGGCCUCAUCCCACACCAAACCCAUCCGGCCAGUCAUGGCCAUCAAGAAGAAACAGCUGGAGGAGAAGCUUCCUGUGACCACUCAUAAAGCCUUGUUCACAGAAUACAACGUGUCGCCCAUUGUCAAAGCCAAGGUCAAACACCUAGGUCAGUGGCUCUAUCAAAUCUAGGUUAUUGUCUAAAAGUAGAUGCAUGUAUACUAUAUCUGUGAUGUCAUUCUCUUUUUGGAUUAGUGAAAUAGGUUAGGCCUAUGCAUGCCUAUGUAGUCUAUCUACAAUGUUUGUCAUUCACUGCCUGGCAUAUGGAAGCCUGGCAUAUAGCUUUUAAGAACGGGGGCACACACUUGUUUUGGAUGAACCUUUAUGCCGGGUGUGGUGCUUCAGUAUACCAUUACACUGACUGUACGUUUAAAAGAGUAGCUCUGUUUAAAAAAAAAGUGUAACCUUGAGUCAGAUUGUGACAUUGUCAAUGCCUGUGUGAUUCAGAGCGAGAACCCACCUUUAAAUGGGACAGGGAUGCCCACCACUUUGACUCCCACUACAAAAAUGCAUUCCAGGGACAAUGGCACAGCCCACCUCAACCUGUGGAGAAGGUAUCAAUAGCCAUUGAUAUCCUGGAAUAGUUAGGCUACUGGGAAAUUCUCUGUUUUCUGUACAGUAGCUGUAUGUGAAUAAUGGAAUCAUGUGAAUAUUUUCUAUGAAUGGUCAUUAAAUAGACUAGCUAUGAGCGCUAAACUGGCCUUUGAUAAUUAUCUUACUUAAUAUUCAUUGCUCCCUGUGGAGUACAAAGCCACAACAAAGCCACACCAUGUCUUUGCUAAGGCCUUUGAUAAGAUGUUAAUGAAAUUUUGCUGAGGGUGUACUGUACUUUUCCUUCUCCGGUUCAGCAAUUCCACUCCUCAGUGACAAUGGGAGACCCACAGAAGAUUCUGGAAACUGAAACCACCCAGGAUGUGUCCUUUAGCCACCCCGGCAACCCUAGGUAUGUGACUUACUGUAAGCAUGCCAAAAUUCACAUCACCUCUUAAAUGCUCCAUCAUCUUGUAUUUAGAAAACGUGCCAUGUUUUCCUGUUAUAAUAGCAAAUGCCUGUCCAAAUCAUAAUAAGCAAUGUUUUUAAACAUGUUUUGAUAUGUCUAAUGUAUCAACCUUUCAUUGACCCAGUCCAGUCAAUGUGAAGGAACGUUUGAAGGUCAAUCUUGGGGAUUUGUCUGAAAACAAAUGGACAUCUACUAUGGCUGAUGCGUUUCGUGAGGCCAAGUCAGGUGUGUAAGCCAAGGUUAUUCAUUAAUACUCUGUUGGUCAAUGAUAUAACAUACUGCACUGUUAACCCUAUGGAUUUGAUUGAUUAUUAUCUAUUUUGACUUCUAUCUCACUGACUGAAUUGUGUCAAAACAGCUAGCUCUUGUUGAUAUAAUGUAUUCAUAUAUUCUAUUGCAAAACAAAUUGCGGGAUUGGAUAUUUUCUUUUCGAUUGCAAUUUUUAGCAAAUGCUACUGAAACAGCCCACAGACAUAACGAUGUAUUGCUUCGCUCAUGAAUGUGCUACAGUGUUCUCAUUCUCCUGCUUGGCUAACUCCCUGUAUUGGGCCUGUUUCCCAGCCCCUGUUCUACUGAUGCAAAGGAACAAGACUCUCAGCUCAAUCCCCAGAGGGGACACUGAUCCUGGGCGCAACCGACUGAGGAUGAUGGCCACAACCAAUGGCUUUUUCUUCUCUGAGGUGAAACCCAAAUCCUCCUAUUUACCCAUCUACAGGCCAGAUUUGAGCAAAGUGUAUCACUGGCUUCCUGGCCUUUAAAUGGAUCGAGGACAUCCGUAUAGUACCUUGCCAUGCAGGAAUGUUAUGAUGCAAAAGAGCACAGGUUUUAUGGGAAUUAAAACAUAAGUUGAUGGUAGGUGUGAUAAUAGUGUAAUUACAUGUAGGCCUUGUUGUCCUGCAGUACUUUUAUGCAUUUCCCAUGUCUUUUCCAUGCCUUGCGUUCUCUCACUUCCUACCUAGUAUGUAAAAUGUACUCUUGGGCAAAAUAUAUAGUAGGCUGAACCAACAUUCAUAUUUUAUGGGUGUUCCCACAUUAAUAAUUUUAAUUUGCAUGGGAGUGGCCUGCAACCUUGGGCAGCCCCAUUGUUCCAACUUCACCUUUAUUUUGACUUGCAUUUCUGGCUACUUCCUAACCGGCCUGGUUGGAUUUCCCUCCCCUCCGCAGCAGAACCACAGAGAGCAGCCGGUGCAUUUCAGUGGAGCCAACGUGAGGACCAGGAGCAAUGUGGAGUUGGGCAGACCCAGUCUGGGAGGCCUGUUCUACAGCACCGCAGCCCAGGAAGACUACCCCAAGAGGGACAUAAAUCGAGCUAGGCCGCACACCCAUCCCUCUGGCCACGUGCUAGCCGGCCAAGGUGAGAGAGAGAAACCAAAACAUCCUCAGAUAUCCCAGUCAGUUGAGUUCCAUUCCAUAUUAAUGGAUUUUUUUUGUCAAUGAGAUUUAUGGUAUACUCCUCAGAGCCUGGACCAGCCUUGACUACUGUUCAAAGGGACUUCCUCCCACUAAACUCCAGGAGACAGGAACUUAGCCCAAGACAACUUCGUCAGGUAUAUAGAGUUGCAAGAUUCUGGGAACGUUCAAUAAAUUCCCUGGUUUUCCCAAAAUCACAGUUGGAAGAUUCCCGGAAUCAGGAGGGAAUAAGCAGGAAAUCCGAAAUCCUCCAACCAGGAUUUCUGGAAUUUAUUGAAAGUUCCCGGAAUUUUGCAACCCUACGUAUAUAGUUAAGUAACUUAAGUAACAGUCAGCAUUAUAAUUCACUGGUGCAGAAGUUCCUGUGCCAUUGGAAUUUAAAACCAAUACUGCUGAGAGAUGAGCAAAGUUUCUAGUCAAUUAUGGUUGUAUAAAUGAACACUAGAGGCCAGUAUUGUCAAUUAUGCAUUUUCCAACAAGCAUUUGAGGGUCAAACUGACCUUUCUUCAGGCUUAUUAUGUACACAUUUCACUUUAUGUUCCCUAGACACACACAGCGUAAUGUGUAAUCUUUUUCAAAUUCUGCCUGGAGAUUUGUUGCCGCUAUCAGUGCUCAAACAAUACAAACAUCUCAGAAUAACUAAUACGUCCUCAGAGAACCGGUUGUUCCCAAGAAACUGGUUCAUGUACACACACAAGCUCUUUGCCCCUUUUGUGUGCACCCAUCAGCAAGUCUCUUUCUCUCUCUCUCUCUCUCUCUCUCUCUCUCUCUCUCUCUCUCUCUCUCUCUCUCUCUCUCUCUCUCUCCCUCUCUCUCGCUCUCUCUCUCUCUCUAGAUUAAAUUCAGCCACAUCACCGCUCCAUACAAUGAGCAACACUUCAGCACGACCCAUAAGGAGGCUUUUGGGCCCAAGCAUCUCUCCAGGACCUGCCUGGACAAUCCACCUAGACAACACAUUAGCCACAUGCCUUUCUAA